CCAUUCUCUUCUCCAUAGAUUGACUUGCUUUUAAGAGAAAAGAUGAUGGAGGUCAAGUUAUGGAACGACAAACGCGAAAGAGAGAUGUAUGAGAAUUUUGCAGAGCUUUUUGCAAUCAUCAAAGCCACAGAGAAGCUCGAGAAAGCUUAUAUCAGAGACUUAAUCAAUCCUUCAGAGUACGAAUCUGAAUGCCAGAAACUCAUUGUCCACUUCAAAACUUUAUCCGCUACACUCAAAGACACGGUGCCAAACAUCGAAAGAUUUGCAGACACAUACAAAAUGGACUGUCCAGCUGCUCUAUACAGACUUGUGACAUCUGGUCUUCCCGCCACAGUGGAACACCGAGCUACUGUAGCAGCAUCUACGUCGAACUCUGCAUCCAUUGUUGCUGAAUGUGUACAGAAUUUCAUCACAUCGAUGGAUUCUUUAAAACUAAACAUGGUGGCUGUCGAUCAGGUUUAUCCUCUCUUGUCUGAUCUAUCGGCUUCUCUCAACAAACUGAGUAUUCUACCGCCGGAUUUCGAAGGGAAGACGAAGAUGAAAGAAUGGCUUUCGAGGUUGUCUAAGAUGGGAGCAGCGGAUGAACUUACGGAACAACAGUCAAGGCAACUUCACUUUGAUCUGGAGUCAUCAUACAACUCUUUCAUGGCAGCUUUGCCUAAAGCUGGUAAUUAAAACCAAUGUAGGUUUGGUUUCUUGUUUUUGUGUGCAUGUCUUAGUUUUCCUCUAGUUUUUAGUGGUAAUCCAAAGACAAUUUUGCUCGUUUGAGGAGUUGAAUGUGCUUAUGUGUACCAUAUUUUGGUUAUAUGAAAGUUAUCUAAACCAAAUUAGAAUUACAAUGAUCAUUACUCUCGGGGGACUAUAUGAUUACAGUUCUGUGUUAGUGAAUUAGGAUACUGUGGAAUGGAUCAUUGUAGUUGUUGAAGUUGUGUGGACUAGAUUGUAAGUUAGCAAAGUUCAAACAUUAAGAGAAGCUAGUAAGAAAAUGUGAAAUUAUAA